AUGUACUGCAAUCGGUCUGAAUCUGAUGCACUGUCCACUGCCACCGAUCUGACGACUUCUUCUGAUGAAAUCGGCGACGAUUUCAAUCGUGAAGUCAAUGCGUUAUUAGCCUUCAUCAAAGUCGACAUGAGGAAGUUCAAGGACUCCUCUGAGAAAUCCAAACAGGCAUUGGGAAGGCCCCAGACAGCGAGAGACCGAACCUUUGUAGUCGUUUGUGGUGAAAGAGGUGCAGAUCGGCUCAACAAGAAGUUGGAAAGCUUGAAGAGGCACCCUCUGAAGUUCUGGAAAAAGAGAUUCUGGAGAGGAACUUCAAGGAUAAUUGUGGCCACCGACAUUACACUUGAAUAUGAGCUCCGAGUUCUUGGAAGAAUGGACGAGAUACGAGAACUCGUGCUGAUCGUCAGCAGUCAGUUCGAUGACAUAUACUUCAAGAUGCCACACAAUGUUAAGCUGCUAAUGGUGCUGCGGGCUGAGACUUGCUCCAGUACUGGUGGUCAACUUUGCAUCAAUGGAGGUUCGAUAUUCAGAGGCACUAAGAUUUGCAACUGGCAAUCUAGACGACACAAGGGUAGCUUGUUCUUCGGCCCCAAUGUGGGAGUCCCUAUCGACCCCAGAGGUGAACAUUGGACAGAGGCUAAAAGGACCUUCGAACGGGACUUCACCGCUGACGAAAAGCAAAAGCUGCGAAGACAGUUUGAGAAGAUGAGAAGUCAACCUAUGGAUGGCAACGGAUGGCUGAAGGAGUGGAAAGGCAUAAUUGCUUCUGUUAUGGGCGUGCUUGCCGGUGGCUCGAAGCUGGUGGCCGCUAUCACGGCUUCAACAGGUGGUGUCUUCGUCCACUACCAAUAUGGUAUAAUGAGCAUCAAAGUAGGUGCUGCCUUUGCGAAAGGGUCUAUGAUUGCAACAGCUGCCGGCCCAGCAAUCUUCGUAGGGGUUGGAGUCGCGGCCGCAGUCUAUUUUAUUCCAUGGGAGACUCUAUUAGAUUGGCUUGGAGACAUGUUUUCCUGGGCUCGAGACAUACUUAGAAGACUCUGGUCGUAUGUAAAGGGCUGGCUUGCAAACUCUAAACCACCACACGAACCACCGGGGGGACAAUCAAGGGGUAGACGAAGAUCGCGAGUCCCAAAACCGAUGUGGUCCUGA